AGAUGUGUCUUUUUAUCCUAAUCAAAACUAUAUUAUAGUAUGUAGUUGGAUGAGAAAACAAAAGAGACAAUUAAAUUAUAAACAGAAAUCUCAGCUGGUUCCUUCAUUUUUUGUAUUCUAUCUGCACACACCACAAACACAAUUGACGAGUGAAUAUGUCUGACAACGAUGACCAUGCAGAGCUCACAGACAAUGAAUCCUCUGCAAAGAUGAAGCGUAGGCUCAGGGAUAGGUCCAAGGAGGUGUUGUCCAAACAAGCCGUUAAGAUCGCCAAACGUGCAGAAGAACAUGAGAGUUUCAUCAACAAGGUGACUCAUCUUUUGGGGGUUCUUGGCUUUGGUGGGUUUUGCUUCCUCUUAGGGGCAAGACCCCAAGACAUUCCCUUUGUAUAUUGUUUGUUCUAUGUCACCUUUGUUCCCCUUCGUUGGAUAUACUACAGGUUCAAGAAAUGGCAUUACUAUCUCCUGGACUUUUGCUAUUAUGCCAAUACAAUCUUCUUGAUUUACCUUCUUUUUUAUCCAAGGAAUGAAAAGCUCUUUUUGGUUUGCUUCUCAUUUGCUGAGGGGCCAUUAGCAUGGGCUUUGAUUAUUUGGCGCUGCAGCUUGGUUUUCAGUUCUGUUGAUAAAAUUGUUAGUGUUCUUAUCCAUCUUUUACCUGGAUUGGUUUUCUUUACCAUCCGAUGGUGGAAUCCUGCAACCUUAGAAGCCAUGCGACCGGAGGGAACUGCAGAAAGAGCUAUGUGGCCUUAUGUUGAAGAUAAAUCCUAUCUCUGGACAUGGCUGUUUCUGGUUCCUUUAGUAGUUUACACUCUCUGGCAGGUCCUGUACUUCCUCAUCGUCAAUGUCCUCCGUCGACAACGGUUUCUAAGAGAUCCUGAAGUCAUGACUUCCUACAGGGAACUCUCGAAAAAAGCUCAGAAAGCAAACAAUAUAUGGUGGCGCUCAAGUGGCCUGCUUGGGGAUCAAAAUCGUUUCCUGAUGUACAUUGUGUUUCAAGGCAUGUUUACUGUGGCAACCACAGCCCUAACUGUUCCCAUUUUCUUAUCAUAUGAAUUGUCUGUAGUUUUCCAAAUACUGAAGAUUUCUGCAUCAGCAUGGAAUGGGGGAAGCUUUGUGUUAGAUGUAAUGCCAAAGCAGGUGAUUCUCAAGGAGAAAAAGAAAUCAGAGGUCAUCCAGCAUGCGCAAAUUCAAAAACAACCAUCAUAGAAACAACUUAGAGGAUGUAGUUUUACACUUCUACUUAGGACCAUGACCAUGAAGUUUAAAAUGUGUAUGUAGUUGAAUGUACUAAUGCAUAUUCUGUGUGCAUUUUUGUCCCUUUUCCAUUCCAUGUUUAUUAAUUCAAAUGGAUAUUCCCGCUAUGCGUGAGGUCCAAGGCUGAAUCCAGUUUGUAAGAUGUUGAUGCCACGCUCAAACUUGUGAUCACAAAAGGACAUGGCAUUAACAUUACCAUUGCACCGAGGCUCACCUUCAAUUCAAAUGGACUCAAAUGGAUUACUGUGUAAACAUAUAUUUAAUGAUGUGACGAUAUUUAAUUGAAUGACUAUGUAAAACUAGUUUACACUUACGGUACAUAUA